UGAGACAGCAAUAAGAGCAAAAUAGAAAUGUUAUAAACUAUAAAACAUUGUUUUUGCAUUGGGAAAUUAAUCUGAUGAAGAUAACUAUUAUACUACAAUCAACUUGAAGAAACAUAACUGAAUAUAAGAUAAAUGCUAGAAGUGACAGCGUCAUUCAUGGUUCGUUAACAAAGAAAAAUUGCUUUAAUGACAACAAAAGUCGCCAAUGCAUAUACUUAAAUAAAUGUAGAUAAUAUGUAGGUUGUUUGUUGUACACUAUUAUGGGUUCAUAACAAAUUUGACAAUCUCGUUUCCGUCAGGGUCCGGUUAACAGUUGGAUUAUUCAUAGUCGUUCAUUUCCUUAAACAUGUGCACUUUAUAUGGGAUAAACAUUUAUGAGCUUUGUUAAUAUGAAGUUAUAAGAAAUACUUUUAUUUUCAUUUUGUGGUUUGUGAAAGAUUCAAUUUAUUACAAUGAAUCAUAAGAUAUAAGCUGUUACUCUUGAGUAAUAGAAAAAUUAUUUAGUUUAUAGAUAAGGCAGUUUAGUUGUAAGAAUUAAAAUGGAUGAAGAAGAAAUUCUUGAUAACUGGAACUACCAGCUCAGCAAUCAUUUGAUCGCAAACAAUAUAAUAUUAGUGUUCUAUAUGGUUAUAGGAUUAUUUGGUAACAUUUUAGUGAUAUUCAUAUACAUCUUUAAGUUGAAGAAAAAAGAUGACCGGUAUUUCAUUCCUGUUCUUGCGACGAUGGAUUUAAUGGCAUGUUCAGUUGGUUCAUCGUAUGCACUAGCAUUAAAUCUACUUCCUGCCAAGUUUACAAGUGAUAUUCUGUGUAAAGUGUUAUGGUAUUUUAGCCAAGCUACGACUAUUUCGUCUGGGCUUCUGCUUGUUGUAAUUGCAGUGCAGCGUUAUCUUAAAGUCUGCAAACCAAUGUUGUCACUAACCUUACGUUGGAAACGAAUUGCAAUAUUUAUGUGCUUUAUUACAUCAUCGAUAUUUUCGAUUCCGACGUUAUUCUUUUACGGAGAACUGCAGUUUCAACAUCCAAUUAAUUCUUCAGUUAUGGGAUCAAGAUGUGGACAAAUCGAGAGAACAGACAAUUUAUUCCGUAAUAGUGUCAUAUCAUACACUAUAUUAGAAUUCCUUGCGGCCAUUGCUGGUUGUAUAUCAUUUACCAUUCUCUAUGCUCUUAUAGGAAAGCAGAUAUAUAAAAAGUUUAUUGUCUUCCGACGAACAACGACUCUCAGGCGACGACCGAUCGGCAAAAAUAAUAAACCGAAAUCAACGUCAACUACAGACGACGAUAAAAAUAGAGCGUCGGUAGACAGCGUAGACAUCAUAGACAUUGUGUCUUCAAUUAACAAUAGUCAGGAAAGCAUCGUAGAUGACAGUCAACCAUCCCAACGGAAGAAGCGGCGAUCUCUCGACGUAUUACAAGAAAACGUUUCAGCUUUAAAGCAGCAUUUUCAUACACAUCGUUAUACAUACAUGUUCAUGGCAAUUACUUUAUUUUUCAUGAUCACUUUUACUCCUCGUAUCACAUUGAUGGUAUUGGAAUCAGUGGACCAUAACUUCUGGAGGAAUCUGGUUGACCAACCUGAAACAAUAGCUGUAUGUUUGUUUUUCUAUCGUUUUUACAUUUUCAAUCACAUUAUUAAUCCAUUUAUUUAUGGAUUUUUUGACACUACGUUUAAGUAUGAAGUUAAAAAAUUAUUUUGUUUGACAAUUGAUUCACGGGCUCGUGACAGUGAGUUUUAAGGUGACAUAGAAACAGUCCAUGGCGUUGAUAUUUAUCACUAAAGUCUUCUUGUUACAUUUAAAAGCAACAGAAAAACUUUUCUAUUCUAACCGCUGACGAAAUUAUAUAUUUGAUACAUCAAAUGGCGGGGAGAGGAAAUUAUAAAAUUGAAUAAAAAAGCUGAUUAUAGUGAGAAUCAAUAAAAGUUAGAAUUCCUGUAUUGCUGCAUUGUACUCCGUCUUCAACAUAUUCUCCUAACUUCAAUAAAAGUUAGAAUUCCUGUAUUGCUGCAUUGUACGCCAUGUUCAACAUAUUCUCCUUACUUAUGUUUUAUUUCACUUAAAAUUCAGCUUUUUAUAUUGUCAAGGAUUUGUUCAAGUACUACAGUUAAAAGUCUGGGGUUUUGCAAAGAAAAAAGAAAGUCGGAGCCUUUAAAACUGACUUAAUUUAUUUCUUAUUGUAACUUAGUGAAGAGCAAUAAUAUAUAUAUAUACAUCUUCAUACAAAAAAUCCAGAAACAUACAAAGUGCUGUUCUCGACGUUCAUCAAAUUUUACCCUUUUCAUUUGCAUAUUUAUUUAUUUUUAUUCUGAACACAUUUUCACCGUAACCUCGCAGUAUCAUUGUCCAUUAUAAACCACUAGAUUCUUUAUAAAACCAAGUAUAGAACUUGAAGUUGUUUCAUUCGUUUCCCUGAGAGCUAUAUUGUUUGAAUUUUAAUCCAUGAAACCGCUGAGAAUGCAAUACAUGACGUCAUACAUUUGAUAUUUUAUAGUUUCACAUGUUUUCCGGCGUUAUAUCAUAUACAAUAAUAAUGAUAGGACACUUUUGUAGAAUACACAAAAAAUUGAAGAAAAAAAAAAUCAGACGUUUGUCAUUUGCACAAUAGUUCGUAAUGUUACUUUUAGCGUUAUUGUAUUCUUCAGUAUUGUUAAGAAUAUGGCGUGUCUGAUUUGUAUGUGAAUUUUUUAAGAACAUUUAUAGAAUAGAAUUGAUACUGUAAAUAUUUGAACAUUAUAUCCUCUUAAGGCAAAGUU